AUAAAUGUAAAUAUUAAGUUUAUAUAUUUUUGUGUAUAUUUACAUAUACGUUUUUACAUAUUGAUCGCACUAAAUCGUUUAAUUGAAGAUUUUUCGUAAAAUUGCUUUAACAUAUUACUUCGGCAAUAUAAGUUCUUUGGUAUAAUAUAUACUAACAUUAUUGUUAAAAUCUCUUGUACAAAAAUUUUGGAUCACAAAAUUGUAACAUUUUAAAAAUGCAAGAUUGCAAAGCAUGUAAGUCUUUGGGGCAAAAUCCCCAAGAUGCGUCUCCGGAACUAUCAACAAAUGUUGAAAUUAAAAAUGAAGAAAUCGGUAUAGUUGCGGCAGAAAAUGUAAUAGUAGAACCUGUCACAAGCACCAUUAAUCAAGCGGAAUUAGAGAGCCUAUCUAACGAUGGAGAUACCGUCAAUCCAAAGUUGUGCUCCCAAGCAGAUAAUUACAAAAAUUCCUUGGAAAAUACUACAAAUACUGCUCCUGAAUACGACUUCAAUAAUAACUCAAAUAAGUUACUUACAAAAACAUCAGAAGAUCAAUUCAAUAAAAGUGGAGGGCAAACCCAAGGUUUCCGCCAACAGAAAUUAUUUACAAUAAAAGACUCAGUGUUGAAUAAGAUCGCGUGUAGAAAUCACAUACUGAAACACUAUCAAAAAAAAAGAUAUCAAAAGCAAAAAAUAAAAAAGAUAUUAAAACUAAAAAUGAAUGUUAAGAUCCUCAAAAAUUCUUUAAGAAUUAAUAAGGACAAAAAAAUUUUAAAGCAAAAUUCUAUUGAGACUAAUAACUUCCAAUUUCUGGGACCAAAUGAAUGCAAAAUACACAACAAAGAAUCAAAUUUAUCUCUUGACUUUAAUGUGAAUGCAAACGCCAAAAUGUUUAUCAACUUUGGUAAGAUAGAAAUACAGUUAGAGAAAUGGGAACCAGAUACUUUAUUAGAAGCUCUGAAAUAUAAUUCAGUUGACUCAAGCCACCACUUUUAUGACGGUGAAAAUUUAAGUCUUCAAUCAAACGAAUGUAUUACCGAGAAAUUUGCAAUUAUGGCUACUGAUCUAAUUAAUUCUUUGGAAGAAUUUUCGCGCCAAAAUUGUUCUCAUCAAAUACAUUUUGAAAAGCUUAUUAAAAUUUUCGAGUGGCCAAAAACUUACCUUCCAAUUAAACUCAAUUUUGAUAAAGCUAUAACUAAUAACAUAAGAAAAGUUAAAGAAUUUUUACUAGCGGCUCCUGAGUUUGGAAUUAUUGCAAUGGAGGAUGAACACUUUUCUAAGUAUCCAAAAAGUUUAUUAAAAUUGUAUCAGCAAGAAGAGGAUGGCAUAUGUUCCAAUAAAUUGAAUUAUACUCUUAAGUUCAUUUUAAUAACAGCAGCACAAGUGAAAUACGUAAUGCCUUUUAUAUGGAUCGAACCACGGCCAGUAAUUCGUUUUGAACAGAAUUUAAAAAAUUUUAUUUUAAAGCAGAAUAGAGCAAAGAAAUUAACUAUGUUUAUUUUGGAUCUUACUGCACCUGAAAUAACACCAACAUAUGAAAAUGAUACAUAUGAAAAUGGGGAAGUCCCGAAAUAUAGAAUAAGAAACAUAUUUAAUAAUAACUGUAUGAACACGUCAGGUAUUAUGUAUGAAGAUUUAAUAAAACUUAAAGUAAUUAAGCAGGCGUCAGGAAUUUUAAAGAAAAUUGAAGGAAUAAAAUCUGAGAGAGAUAUACCAACUUUUAAGAAUACUUUUGAUGGUUCCAUAGUUGAACUUAGCUCUGUUAAAGCAAGUAGUGUAAACGCCAAACAAUUAUUUGUAAUACCGUCUUUGGAACAAGCAACUUCCAUAAAAGCUGAUAAAGCUGUAUUAAGUAUGUCAAACUUGGAUAUUACAGAUCAGUUUGCAAAUGAGUAUAACCUUUUUGCAAAAGCAAAUUGGUCAAACAUCUGCGAAGAAAAUACUCAUUCGUUUUAUUAUGAUUAUAUUGCACAAGAUACCAUGGAUAUUAUUAAUGGAUUAAUAGAAACAUCUACUUCAAAAACAAAUGCAGAUAAAACCCAUGUAAUUACUGAUGAGAUGUGCCUACUUUCAAACACAUCUGAGAUUAAAAAUGAUUUAACCAUAAACUCAAGUAAAAAAGCAGAUGAGAACAGAAUUAAUGAUGAUUGUCAAUAUAUUUUAGAAUUUAAAGAUAAAUUCGCCAAAGCAUUUGAUACGGAGCAAGAUGAAACUAAUUCAAAUACUAAUGACAUCGUCUCGCAAGAGGACAAUUUUACUGAUCCGCACAAAUUUUUGAUAAAAAAUGGAUCAGAAGAAACAUAUACUACUAUUACGAAUGAUAUAGAAACUGAAGAUAUGGCAUCAUUUAAAUAUCAAAGAAAUGAACUUUCACAAACAAAAGAAUCCUCUUCGGAAGAUGCUAACUGUUCCAUCUCUAAUAUGAAUCAAACUAAUUUGCAAAAAAUUAUAUUUGAUUGUCAAACCAAAAAGGAUUUACAAAAUAUUUCAAAUGAAAUUGACAGAGCAAACGAUGACGAUAUAACAUUAAAACCGCCAAAUUUUUUGGAUUGCUGUAAACUUUUCACACCCCUUAAACUGCUGACAACUGACAUUAUCGAUUUCAUCGUAUUUACAUGCUUGCAUCUUUUUCUAUUAGGAUUUAUAUGUUAUCUUAACAGGAUAUCACUUUUCGGAACCAACCGACUAUCCAUUACUAUAUAUCUUUUGCCAAUAAUUCUCAAGCUAUUAAAACUUAUUAUAAAAUUUUUUUUAAUUUCAAAGCUAGACGGUACGUUUCAAAAUAGUUACUAUAAGUCAAUAGCCGAGAUAUUUCUCAAUAAUAAUGAAGUUUGUUUGACUAAUAUAGAUUUCAUAUCGACGCAACACUGCAUAAUAAAUAGCACUUUGAAAUACCUUCCUUGGUUCAUUUACGUGCCUAUUUGUUUUCAGUUAUUUCGAUCGGAGAUUAAGCAUUGAAUUAAUGGCAAAACCUAUAUUAAUAGUGGCAAAAAUGUUAUAAAAUUUUAGUAUAUAAUGGACAAACAGUUAUAGCUUAUAGCUUAAACUCUUUGUCCAUUAAAUAAAAAAAUUUUAUAGAA